AUGUCAUUAAGCCCUAGUCAAUUGGAAAUGCUAACAUUUCCAUAUGCCCCAAAGGCCCUUAUAACUCUCAAAAAAGGCAGUAAUCUUAUCAAGUACAGUCGGAAGGGAAGACCCAAGAUUCGUGAGUUCAGACUUUCUAGUGAUGAAACAUCAUUAGUAUGGCAUUCCCAUAGCAAAGUGAAGCACCUUGUACUGUCUUCAGUCUCUAGAAUCAUUCCUGGACAGAGAACUGCUGUAUUUAGGAGGUUUUUACGCCCUGAGAAGGACUACCUAUCAUUUUCUUUGAUAUACAAGAACGGCCAACGUUCCCUUGACUUGGUUUGCAAGGAUCAAGCAGAAGUUGAGGUCUGGUUUUCAACACUUGAGACACUUAUUACUUCAUGCCGUAAAAGUUAUUCAGCUGAUGGUCCAAGUGAUAGGUUAUCAGUCUCAGAUGAAGUAUCACAUUACCAAGAUAACAGUUUUCAUGAUACAACACUAGAUAUUGCCUCAAGUAUUACACGUACUUUUAACUCAGCUGGCUAUAGCACAACCAAUUCUCUCAACUCAGCAAAAACAGAUGUUGUAUCUGAUCGUGGAAAUAUGCUAAGAGCAAGUACAGACAGUAGCCGGCUUAGUAUUUCCAGUGCUCCUAGUUCUUCAAGUCAAGGUUCUGGACAAGAUGACAUUGAAUCCCUUGGUGAUGUUUAUGUGUGGGGUGAGGUAUGGACUGAUGUGAUCCCCACAGAAGGAUCCUCAAACUAUUUGUGCUCCAAAGCAGACAUUUUAAUUCCUAAACCACUUGAAUCAGAUGUUGUCUUGGACGUACAACAGAUAGCGUGUGGUUAUAGGCACAUUGCACUCACUACUAGGCAAGGAGAAGUAUUUGCAUGGGGUGAAGAACUUGGCGGACGGCUUGGUCAUGGGACCGAUGCAGAUAUUAGUCGUCCUAAACUUGUUGAAGCCUUAGCAGUAUCAAAUGUAGAAUAUAUUGCAUGCGGGGAGUUCCAUACUUGUGCUGUAACUGCCUCUGGUGAUUUGUACACUUGGGGUGAUGGAUACUACAAUGCUGGAUUGCUUGGACAUGGUGUUGGAGCUAGCCACUGGCUUCCAAAACGAGUCUCAGGACCUUUAGAAGGGGUUCAGGUAUUGUCUGUUUCAUGCGGCUCAUGGCAUUCAGCACUGACCACAUCAAGUGGUAAAGUGUUCACUUUUGGUGAUGGAACAUUUGGUGCUCUUGGACAUGGGAAUCGUGAAACUAUUGCAUAUCCAAAGGAAAUCGAAACUUUGAGUGGAUUUAGAACAAUGAAAGUUGCCUGUGGACUCUGGCAUUCUGCUGCGAUUGUGGAGGGUAGUAAUCAGGCAGGUGUGAAUGUGAUGUCCAGGAAGCUAUAUACCUGGGGUGCUGGUGACAAGAAUCAACUAGGUCUCGGGGAUAAAGAUGCUAGGCUUGUUCCUGCUUGCGUUCAAUCUCUCAUUGAUUAUAAUUUCCAUCAGGUGGCUUGUGGACAUAGUAUGACCAUUGCCCUCUCUACAUCUGGUCAUGUUUUCACAAUGGGCAGCUCUAGCAAUGGCCAGCUUGGGAAUCCAAAAUCUGACGGUAAACAACCUAUUUCCGUACAAGAUAGGCUGGCUGGAGAAUUGGUUGAAGAGAUCUCAUGUGGCUCAUGCCAUGUUGCAGUCUUGACUUCACGAAGCGAAGUAUAUACAUGGGGAAUGGGGGCCAAUGGGAGGCUGGGACAUGGUGGUGUUGAAGAUAAGAAAAAGCCAACUCUUGUGGAAGCAUUAAAAGAUCGUCAUGUUAAAAGUAUAGCAUGUGGUUCUAAUUUCACGACCUGCAUUUGUAUACAUAAGUGGGUUUCAGGUGCUGAUCAGUCUGUCUGCUCAGGUUGUAGGCAACCAUUUGGAUUCACAAGAAAGAGACAUAAUUGUUACAAUUGUGGGCUUGUUCAUUGCCAUGCGUGUAGUUCAAGAAAAGUUCUGAAAGCUGCUUUGGCACCAACUCCUGGCAAACCACAUCGCGUAUGCGAUUCAUGCUUCAUGAAACUUAAGGCUGCAGAGACCAGCAGCAACAGUUCACACAGCAAAAGAAAUGCCAUUGCUCGUCGCUCUGUUGAUAGCAAAGACAGGUCAGAGAGGCCAGAAAUAAGGCCUUCCAGGCUUGCAACUGGAUCAACACCAGAACCGCUCAAGCAAGCUGAGAUAAAAGCAGUUAGAAACGACAUAAAACCAGAUCCUAUGUCCACAAUGAGGGCACCCCAAGUUCCUUCCAUGUUACCUUUUAACAAUCUCGCUUUUGGUGCAACAUUUGGUGGUCCAGCUAGUCUGAAGCCUAUGGCAAUGGCUCCAAUGCCAAUGGCCAUGCCUAUGUCAUCAUCUCCUCUCACAAAGAAGCCAAGUCCAUCAGCAGCGACUCCUCUUUGUGGUAAAAGUGACACUGAUAACUUGAAGGUGGCUAAACAGGUGCUGAAUGAAGAUAUCUCAAAGUUGCAGUCUCAGGUUAAUAAAUUGAAACAAAAAUGUGAUGCCCAAGAAGAGCAACUGCAGAAAGCGGAAAGGAGAGCUGAAAAUUCUGCCUCUAUAGCUGCAGAAGAGUCUUCAAGGCGUAAUGGUGUCUUGGAGUUCAUUAGGUUUCUUGACAAUGAGCUCAAGAGUAUUGCAGAUAGGGUGCCCAGUGAUGCUGCUGACAACUUAAAAACCUUGCAAAAUCAUUCAGCGAGAUUUCUUACGGAACAAGGUAUUCGUCCACUGGAAGUCACAGGUAUGCAUCGUAAGUCUGCAAGCAUAGGCAACCUCGUAAUGUCUCAGGACGGCAGCACAGGAAAUGCAAGUAGCUCAGCUGUUUCCUUGGCGAGCGAAUCUCCAUGCCAUCGUAUCAUGGAAAACAGCUCGAGAGCUAAUGGUGACUUAGGACCAAAGCUUGGUACUCAUGGAGAAGUGCAACUGAUUGAGCAGUUUGAACCAGGGGUAUAUGUGACACUCAUCCAGCUUAGAGAUGGUACUAAAGUGUUCAAGCGUGUCAGAUUCAGCAAGAGGAGAUUUGCGGAGCAGCAGGCCGAGGAAUGGUGGAGGGAGAACCAGGAGAGAGUAUUCAGGAAGUACAACCACCCGGCCAACUAA